UUUUUUUCUGUAGUUGACGAGGGAUUUUGUCAAUCUUAAGUUUUUAUUUUAUUUUUUUUGUCAACAAAGUUCAAGAUUUUGAGACCAUUAUUAAUUGAUGCCAUAAUUUUGGGGAAUUAGUUGGUUUCAUUGGACUGAGCUGUCUGGAAGUUAGUUUAAAGACAAGAAAAAGGCUUUGUUUUUGUAGUGUGUGAAAGAAUGGAGCUGAAAUUGGUUGAUUCCAAGUCAUUGUUUUUGUCUAAUUUUGAGCUGAUGAAAUCAAGUUCAUUUCUUGACACAAAGCUAAGGUUUGGUCUCACUGGGACUCAUAAGUUAUGUUCUUGCAGAGGUGUUGUACUCAAGGCCUCGCGUUCAAGUGCUUCUUAUGAUGCUGCAAGUUCAGUUAGCAAAGAAAAUUUUAUACUUGAUGAAUUUUCUUGUCAGAUAAAUGGUAAAAAUUGUUCAGGACUGUAUCUUAGAGAUGUAAGAGUGCUUGAUGCUUCUGAUGAUGAAUAUGGAGGAAUACUCAUUAAUCCACAAACACUGCCAUCCAAUCCCGAUAUAUUUGCAUCUGUACUUCGUGAAUCGCUGUCUCACUGGAAAAUGAAGGGGAAGAAGGGAGUUUGGCUUAAACUACCAGUCGAGAAAUGUGAUCUAGUUCCAAUUGCAGUAAAGGAAGGAUUUCAAUACCAUCACGCGGAAAGAGGAUAUCUCAUGAUGACAUAUUGGCUUCCCGAUGAUCCCUGCAUGCUUCCUUCUAAUGCAUCUCAUCAAGUUGGAGUUGGUGGUUUUGUGAUCAAUGACAAAAAUGAGGUGCUUGUCGUACAAGAGAAACAUUCUGCACCAGCUCUUUCAGGCCUAUGGAAAAUACCAACUGGUUUCAUUCUUGAGUCGGAGGAGAUCUUUACAGGAAUCGUGAGAGAAGUGAAGGAGGAAACUGGGAUUGAUACUGAAUUUGUGGAGGUUAUGGCUUUCAGGCAUGCUCACAAUGUAGCUUUUGAAAAGUCGGAUUUAUUCUUCGUCUGCCUUUUAAGACCCCUGUCAACAAGAAUCGCGGUUGAUGAUCUAGAAAUUCAGGCAGCCAAGUGGAUGCCUCUAGUCAAAUUCGUCGAGCAGCCACUAAUUCAAGCAGAUAGCAUGUUCAAAAAAGUCAUAGACAUCUGCAUUGCUCGUCUUGGAAAGCGUUACUGUGGAUUAUCUGUCCAUCAACUUGUCUCUACAUUUGAUGGUAAACUAUCCUCCUUGUACUUCAACACGGUUGAAGAUUCAGAUUCGAACUGUAAAGCCAACUAGCGCCAUAAUCAGAAUUUGCAAUGCAUUUUUAGCUCUCGACUUCUCUUUCGAUAGAGAUGGACUGAGUUUAGCACAAUAUUACAUGACCUGUAAUAGAAAGAAUAAGAAAAAAGUCAGGGAGUUAAUAUAUAGUGUAUAUAUCUUCUGCUGAGGACAUGGGACUCUGUAUAUAUGUAACAUCUAUAUUUCUUAUCUUAUGACUAAUUCAACUUCUAAGUGUUUUUCUGCCACUUCACUAGUA